AUGAAGACCUCAACAAGUGAGUUAAAAGAAGUCAAAGCCAUGGUGAAUGAGCUUACUAAAACUAUGAAUGAGGUAACAAGAAAACUGCAAGACCGAAAAGGGCCAGAAUCUCGAAAGUGUGAGUCAAAAAAAGGAAAAGAACCUAUACUAACAGUCAAAAAGACGGAUGUGAGAUUUUUCGAAUUUGUAGACAAUAAAGAAUGUCAAUCCAUAAGAACAACAAUUAAAGAAAAGGUGUUAGAUGCAAAAAACUGUUUAAAUAUUGAAAAAGACACCGACCAAAAGACUUUUAAUAUUAGGAACUUACGAAAACAUCGGUACAUGGUGGAAGAAGAACCCACCCAGAGCGAAGCUAUAACCAUCCCAGCACUAGAUAUUUAG